GAGCGAGACGAGGGAGCGGCGCCCUCCUUCCUCGGCCCGCCCCUGCUUGGAGGGCGGAUCUCGAAGGAGCGCGCAUGCCCCCAAGUCGCUCGGCAGCUGCUUAGCGGACGGCGAGAAAGGGGCACUUGCAGGCGGCGGAGCAGCGCGGAUCAUGGCGAGCGGGGUUAUCAAAUGCAAGGCAGCUGUUGCCUGGGAAGCAGGUAAACCACUGUCCAUUGAGGAGGUGGAAGUUGCACCGCCUAAAGCUCAUGAAGUUCGUAUCAAGAUCAUUGCCACUGCUGUUUGUCACACGGAUGCCUAUACUCUAAGUGGUGCUGACCCUGAAGGGAGUUUUCCUGUUAUCCUGGGCCAUGAAGGAGCAGGGAUUGUGGAGAGUGUUGGGGAAGGAGUGACCAAAUUCAAACCAGGAGACACAGUAAUCCCUUUGUACAUCCCACAAUGUGGAGAAUGCAAGUUUUGUUUAAACCCUAAAACUAAUCUCUGCCAGAAAAUAAGAGUCACCCAAGGAAAAGGAGUGAUGCCCGAUGGUACCAGUAGGUUCACGUGUAAAGGAAAACAGGUUCUCCACUUUAUGGGGACAAGCACUUUCUCGGAGUACACCGUUGUUGCAGACAUUUCUCUGGCGAAAAUAGAUGCCUCUGCUCCCUUGGACAAAGUCUGCUUGCUAGGAUGUGGGGUUUCUACAGGCUAUGGAGCAGCCUUGAACACUGCAAAGGUGGAGCCUGGCUCUACUUGUGCUGUCUUUGGCUUGGGUGGAGUUGGGCUAGCAGUAAUCAUGGGCUGCAAGGUGGCAGGUGCUUCCCGGAUCAUUGGGAUUGACCUCAACAAGGACAAAUUUGCAAAAGCCAAGGAAUUUGGGGCCACAGAGUGCAUCAGCCCCAAGGACUUCGAGAAGCCCAUUCAGGAGGUCCUGGUGGAGUUGACGGAUGGAGGAGUAGAUUACUCAUUUGAGUGCAUCGGCAACGUUGGUGUCAUGAGAGCAGCCUUGGAAGCAUGCCACAAAGGUUGGGGAGUGAGUGUCAUAGUUGGUGUUGCUGCCUCCGGUCAAGAAAUUGCCACUCGUCCAUUCCAGCUAGUCACUGGGCGAACAUGGAAAGGGACUGCCUUUGGAGGUUGGAAGAGUGUAGAGAGUGUUCCGAAGCUGGUAGCGGAAUACAUGUCCAAAAAGAUAAAAGUGGAUGAAUUUGUGACUCACACUUUACCGUUUAACAAAAUUAAUGAGGCUUUUGAACUCAUGCAUGCUGGAAAGAGCAUAAGAAGUGUCCUGAAGUUUCAAGAAGCCUGAAGAAAACUUCGACCACAGUUCAACUCAGUGCAACAGCAAUUCAGGAUGUGUUGGUCAAAAAUGAUUUAGGAAAAGCUGUUCCAGUUAGAAGCAUCACCUGCUCUAGACAAUGUGAACAACAAAAUUCUGAUCUUAGACACAGCUAAUAUCUGUUCAUCUCUUACUGUACCACUAAGUGCCAGAAAUCUCUGCAGUUAAACAGUUUGUUGACUGCUGCUAGACUGAACUCAAGUACAAUCAGUGUCUUUUUGUUCUAAAAUAUCCUGCAAUUGGGAGGUAUUAACCCGAGUAGAAGAAUCAUGAUUAAAACCUUUUUCCUACAUAGGCAUACAGUUGUGUUGUCCCCUUUUCUUAAAUGAAUCCGGGUUAUGGCAUGCAAGUUUGGAGGGUGUUAUUUCACACCUAGACUGAAUCAGUAGAGAGGGGGAAAGGCAUGCUACCAAAAAAAACCUCUUGUUGCAGGUCAGGACAUGUCAAGGGUUUUGUUUUAGAUGAAACAGAUCAGCUUUUGCCAGCUUACAAAAGCUAGUGUUUGCAGGUCUGUGGCUAAGAUGCUUUCUAACUUGGGGACAAAUGGGUUAUGCAAUGGGCCAGGUGCACCCCCUCCCCAAAAUAGCAGGUGUGGGAGCUUCAGAGCGCAGUCUCCCCUUUGCCCCACUAGCUUACUCUUUUAUAUAUAUAUAAAAAAAUGCAGCUAUGAUGCAAUAUUGAAAUAGUACCUGAACCAGAGUGGCUACAACUCUCAUAAUAGGGGUAAGCUGAUGGUUUCGAUUUCAAAUCUGGCUUCUUGUAAAGCAGUUGCUAUGAAAUCAUCCACUGCAAUUUGAGAACUUCAGUCUACAAGGAUUGAAUAUUGACAGGAGAAAUGGACUCUGAUCUGGGCUACUUCAGCUGCGUACUCUUGUCUCAUCAAAAACAUCUGGAAAAGGCCCUGCAGCAAGAAGUCCCCCAUUCUUCAGAGUCCAGUAUCCAAAACAUGCUUGUCCCUGAGCGUUGCAACAUGAAGACAGGCAAGUUUAGCAGUGCCCUCUCUAAAAAUGCCAAGUGUCCCAUUUAUUGGACUAAUACUAGCACAAUAUAUGGGGAGGGUUUAACACCCCCCCAUGCAGUAACUCCUGCUAACUCCUUUUAAGCUUUGAAAAAAGAUACUGUUCUACUUGUGAGUCUCCUGCAUCUCAUCCUAUUCCCCCCCCUUUUGCGAGGGUGGUAAAUUAAUCUACAUGUGCAAAUUAAUCUACUGAAAUUAAAGGGACUCAAGUCAUGUUCCUUAAUUUCAGUGGCUCUACUCUGAAUAAAUCCUAGUUGCGUAGCACCAUUUGCCAUAUAGUCCUGUAUUACAUUAUUCUGUAUAACUAUGGUUUGGGCUUGCGUGAGCUGGUAAAACUCGCCCCCCAAAAAUAUUCCUGUCUUCACCUUCAUGGGUUGUUUUGCUAGCCAAACUCCAUCCAAUUCAGCAAUUACUCACCAGGCUUCUAGCUAAGAUUUUGUAUAUUAAAAGGUAGAGCUGGGCUAUUCAGAGAGCUUCAUCUGUACCAGAGGGAAGAUUUUGCAUAUGCAAAAAGUUGGUUUGCUCUGCAAGAUUAAAAUGUAGACCAUUCCUCUCCCCUGCCUAGUUUAUUUUCUCACCAUUAAGUCUCUCUGGAGCUGCUUGAAAUUCAUGAGGGAGGAGGCAGCUUGUCUUACCAUUCAGGAAAAAAUAAAUGUCUGAUUGCACUUGUUUGCAGAUUGAAAAUGUGCAUUAAAAAGCACAUGUAGUAGGAUCAGUUGGGCCCAGGGCUGAACAUGCCCUAUUUCAUCAUCACUGAAUGGUUUCCCUGAAGAAUCUCUAGAUUUAAUUCCAUGAGCUGAAGUCAAAUCCUUUAAUCAUGGAGAAGAUUAAAAGGGAGAAGUAGGUUAUACUGCUUAAAUGUAACUGGCAAAAUAGACUCCAGGGUCAACCAUCCAGACUUUUAAUCUCCUUAAAUGUAUUGCAUACAUUGGUUAACUCCACUCAAGAUAUAUUGGAGCCUGUGUUAAAAUCUUUGCACAUGCACGUAUGUGCUUGUAACAUUUCUGAGUCACUUUACCGCCUCUUAAACACAUUACAGAAUGAAAAACAUUGUCCCAACAAUACACUUUCAGGAAGAAAAAAAAACUGAGGCACUCUAGGAAAUAUUUCUUUCAAUUUCUUGUUGAGUUUAGUCACAACCGCCCUAAGCUGUCUAAAGAACUUAAGUUAUGUGCUGUUGACAUGGGUAAGAUGCUGAGAGUUUUUAGAACAACUUGCAAUUUUUCUGACGAGAUGUCCGACACCAGAGUAGAAAUGUGGCAUGUUGUGCCCAUGAUUUUAUGACCUGAUUUCUCUCCACUAGUUUACUGAACUCCCAACAUGGUAAAGUUAGAGCAGGCACUAGGCUAGAAAAUAUGGUUGAAAAACCACCUUUCUCUGUGGAAUGGAAGCCUCAGCAGCAACUGCCUAAGUCUAACGAAACAAACCCUCCCCAACAGCAGUAGUUGUUAUCUCCCAUAUCUGUAUUACAAA